AUGCCGGAUCUCGACCACUUCAGGUUUUCCUACUCCAGAAUGAAUCCGCUACUGGGAGAGAGCGCCUUGCUGGCCCAGCAGCAGCAGCACCACAUGCCGGGUCAGGUGGAGCCCGCGGCACCGGGCCUGGACCCAGAGCCGGGCCAUGUCCUGGGCGACUACGCCGGGCUCGGGUUCGGGUUCGGCGCGGACGGGAUGCCCGGGCUCGCGCACCUCCACCUGAACCAGCCGCUCCACCGCGCUCCGCCGGCGGCCAUGGCGCUGCGCAACGACCUGGGCUCCAACAUCAGCGUCCUCAAGACGCUGAACCUGCGGUUCCGCUGCUUCCUGGCCAAGGUCCACGAACUGGAGCGGCGCAACAAGGCGCUGGAGAAACAACUGCAGCAGGCCCUGGACAGCAACGAGGAGCACGGCGGCGAGAAGAGCCACCUCAGAAAGCCGCUGACCAAAGAGGUCGCGGUGCAGACCGGUUUCGUUGGGCCGAUCCCAGUAAGGCCCUGCCUCGUCCCGCUCCAAAACGCAAACAAUAACAACAACCCGGCCUACCUGCCCGGAGACCUGCUGUCUCCGACCAUAAACCCGCCCGGGACACUGGACUCCGACGGCACCAAAUAUUUCAUCGACAACAGUUUCAACCCGACGAUCUCCACCGACUCCAAUUCCAACCUCACCGCCUCCAUCCAGACCUAUAGUCCGGCUCUGAGUCCGCUGGCAGAGCCGUCCAGAACCAUCAACAACAUCAACGAGAGAUACGUCAGCUGCGGGACCGGGACGUCCAGCACCAACCAGCCGCCUCCCCGGUUCCUCCCCGGGACCAUCUGGUCCUACAGCCACAGCCGCCGGCUCGGUGCCGGGAUGGAGGCGCGCGUAACGGGGCCCGGGAUGUCCUGGACGCACCCGGACGGGGUCGGGGUUCAAAUCGACACCAUCACACCCGAGAUCCGGGCUCUGUACAACGUGCUGGCCAAAGUCAAGAGAGAACGAGAUGAAUACAAGAGAAGAUGGAUGGAAGAGUACACCGCCAGGAUGGACCUGCAGGAGAAAGUAGCUGAACUGGAGGAGGACCUCCAGGAGAGUGAGGUGUGUCAGGAUGAGCUGGCUCUCAGGGUCAAACAGCUGAAAGCGGAGCUCGUUCUCUUCAAAGGACUCAUGAGCAACAACCUGUCGGAGUUGGACAGUAAGAUCCAGGAGAAAGCCAUGAAGGUGGACAUGGACAUCUGCCGUCGUAUCGACAUCACCGCCCGCCUCUGUGAUGUGGCCCAGCAGAGGAACUGUGAGGACAUGAUACACAUCUUCCAGGUGGCCACGCCUCCCUCGACUCUAACACGGCGGGCUAGAAAGCAGAGCGCCCAAUCAAUGAAAGGUGUGGAUGGGGACGAACCAAUCAGCAUGUCCGACAGCGAGGGGGGCGGGACUAAAGACGAGGAGUCACGCAGCACGUCGGCCAGUCAGAUCAAUGAGGAGAUGCAGAGGAUGCUGAAUCACCUUAGGGAGUGUGAGUUUGAGGAUGACUGUGACAGUCUGGCCUGGGAGGAGACAGAGGAGACGCUGCUGCUCUGGGAGGACUUCCCAGGGUACACUCUGGGAGUAGACACACAGGGGGAGCAGCAGGAGGAGUCAAUAGAGAAGGUGAUCAAAGACACGGAGUCUCUGUUUAAAUCCAGAGAGAAGGAGUACCAGGAGACCAUCGAUCAGAUAGAGUUGGAGCUGGCCACAGCGAAGAGUGACAUGAACCGUCACCUGCAUGAAUACAUGGAGAUGUGUUCUAUGAAGAGAGGACUCGACGUCCAGAUGGAGACAUGCAGAAGACUCAUUACACAGAGUGGAGACAGGAAGUCUGCCUCUCUCAUCAGUUUGACGGUGGAGGACUCGGACGGCGAGGAGAAAGACAGGAAGAAGCCGGCUCUCACUGCAGAGACAGAAUGUUAUGACGCUCAUGUGAAUGCUAACCAUAACGCUAAUCCUGCCAUUCCUCCUCUAGCCUGGAGGAAACUCUGA